GAAGAAGAGCUUGUCAGGCCUUCUUAGACUAUCUUUAGACUACUCUAAUUAGUCUUGUCUUUUCUCGCAACUUUUUUGGGUUCUCUCACUUAUAAUUCACUCACACUCUUUCAACUUUUGUUGCUGAUGGAGAUAGAGAGAAGGGAGGAGGAAGGAGGGGAGGAAGAAGAAGGCUUAGUCGAGCUUCUCCUCUCCUCUCCUUCUUGUACCAAUUACUCUUCUUCUAUGUUCUGCUAUGGUUGUGGUGGAGGACAAGAAGAUGGAGCACAGAGGUCGAGUGAUUCUUCUUCUCUCUCUACUCUCUCAUCCUCCCCUUCUUCAAAUGCCAUUGCCACUUGCUCCAAAGCUUCUAUAAAGGAAGAGGAGAUUAAUGGUUGUAUGAGAUUCAGUGGUGGGAGCAAGAAGGCAAAGAAGGAUGGCGCUGGCUCUAAGGGAACUAUCAAGGUGAGGAAGGAGAGAUUAGGAGACAGGAUUGCAGCAUUGCAGCAGCUGGUUUCGCCCUUUGGGAAGUCUGAUACAGCCUCGGUUCUCCACGAAGCUUUGGCUUAUAUCCGCUUCCUCCACGAACAGGUUCAGGUCCUGAGCUCACCGUACCUGCUUCAACCUCUGCCAACUUCUGGCUCGUUACAGGGCAAAGAGGAAGGGGGAAUGAAGCUGGAAGAUCUUCAGAGCCGGGGGCUGUGCCUGGUACCUCUCACCUGCACUUUGCAAGUACCCAACACUAAUGGUGCUGAUUUAUGGGCCCCCUCCAAUUCCAAUUUUAGCAUUACUAAACCAACUACAAGCUCUCCUCCUAAUCCAAGCUCCUAAUCUCUCUCUCUCUCUCUCUCUCUCUUCAUUUUGCUUGUUGAUCUUAAUGAGGCUGUUUCUCCUUGAUUAGUAAUUUUUUGUGUAGAUAGAUAUAUAGGAGAAAUCAGUCUUGGUCUAAUUGAUCACAUCAAACACUUUGAAUGAAUAGUCCUUUAUACAGUAUAUAUAUCAGCCUUGGAAAUGAAGCUAAUAAACUGUACAUGAUUUGGAUUUAUGAUUGGUACAGAGAAC